GCCUGGGUGUCGUUGCGCAUGCGCGAGCUCCAGCUGUGAGCGCCGCGGGGCAGCAGGCGGUGGUACCCGGGCCUGGCGCGGGCCGUCGCCAUGGCAGCGCGGGCCACGUGGUGAGGGGUCCGCCCACCGCUGGUCGCUCGGGUUCUCACAGCCUCAGGUUGGGAUCGCGAGACCCCGCCCGCCUGGGCGACUUCCUAGGGCCGGCGCCGGGCUGGGCAGGGCCCCAGCUCCUACCUUUCGGGCCUCACCAGCCCGGCGAGCGCCCUGUACAGCCCGCCAGGCAGUGAUGAAGGUUCUUUUGCUGAAGGACGCUAAGGAGGAGGGUGGCCAGGACCCGUACGUCAGGGCAGCCUGGCCAACCCAGAACCUGUUCUUUCGUCUGCAGGAGUUAGGAUUGCACGGACUGGAAGCCACUUUGAUCCCUGUUUUGUCAUUUGAGUUUCUGUCCCUUCCCACUUUCUGGGAGAAGCUGUCGCGUCCGGAAGGCUACGGAGGGCUCAUUUUCACCAGCCCCAGGGCAGUGGAAGCGGUGGAGCUGAGCCUGGAGCAGGAUGGGAAAAGCGAAGAUGAGAAGACUGAGGCUUGGCAAGAGUGGGCACUAGUCCAAGGCCAUGGAGCCAGUCAGCCAGGCCUGGCCGUCAGAGUGAUGAGUGGAGGCAGCAGGGUGGUGCUUACCCAAAGGGCUUGCAGUGAGCUGGGCCUGGGUUCAGGGGGUCAUUCCGACCUUGUCUGGAAAAAGUCUCUGAGAGAAACAUGGAACACUAAGCCGGUGUAUGUGGUUGGAAAUGCCACGGCUUCUCUAGUGAAGAAACUUGGCCUGGAAGCCGAAGGAGAAAGCAGUGGGAACGCCGAGAAGCUCGCGGAAUGGAUCUGUUCCAGGGAGCCGCCUGCACUGCCUCUGCUGUUUCCCUGUGGAGCCCUCAAGGGAGAAGUGCUGCCGCAGAUGCUCAAGGACAAAGGGAUUCCCAUGGAAAGCAUCAUUGUCUAUCGGAAGAUCCCCCACCCGGGAAUCCAAGUGACCCUGGACAGCUACUACUCCAAGCAGCACCAGCAAGGCACUGCUCUGGUCCUCCCCAGGGCAUCCCGGCCAGCAUCGCCUUUUUCAGCCCCUCUGGCCUCACGUACAGCCUCAAGCACAUUCGGGAGCUCUCUGGAAGCAGCAUCGAGCAAAUCAAGUUCGCAGCCAUCGGCCCCACCACCGCGCGCGCCCUGGCCGCCCAGGGCCUGCCCGUGAGCUGCACUGCCGAGAGCCCCACGCCACAAGCCCUGGCCGCAGGCAUCCGGACGGCGCUCCAGCCUCACAGCAGCUGAGGCGGCCAGCCCGGCCUUCCUGUGGGCCAAGGACAAGGGGGGCUGCCUGCAGGGGGUGAGGAUCCCCCCUCCAGCGCCUCCUCGUGCCCGAUGGAACCACCGGCACCAGCGAUCAGGAGGGGACCUGGGCUGGCGGCCGGCCGUGCACGUCACUUUCCUCCACCAAGGCCCCUCGGACCCUCACCCAGCGCGUGCUUCCUCCAGCAGCAGGAAGAAGUCCCAGGAACCACACUGGCCCCCGUGGGACUGGGCGGGGUGGCUGUGCAGCUUCCAGGGCAGGUGGUGUCUGGGGGAGGACGGAUGUGCCCACGUCUGAACCAACACGCCUGUGUGAGUGAAGGCUGCUGUGUGUGAAGUAUCUGUUCAUCCUACAAAAAGGGCCUCAGUGCCGCCCUGGGAGCGGGAAAUGUAAGUCAAACACAGAGCCUUCCUUCAAAAGCGGAAGCGCAGCCUAGUCCGCCAGGCAGGGGCCCCACCCGCCUGCGUUUCCUGGAAUCAGAUGUGAGGGCUGGAGCUCCAGCAGCCCUUUGGGGCCUGGGUGACCUUGAGAAAGGAGGCUCAGUACGGCAGGGGACACGUGGAUGCUAACUAGCCUGCCCUGGACUUCCUGAAUAGAAGAGAAAUGUGAACUCCUGCUUUGUUUAAA